AUGUUAUUCGUUUCUGCAGUAUAAAAUGCAUUGAGCUCCCCUAAAUAUAAAUCAGCAGAAAAAUAAAAGAAAUAAAAACCAUCAAUUGAUAGUGAAUAAUUAACCACUCUAUUAUAAUUAGAAGCAGUCUUUCAUGAAAGACUUUACAGUAUCGACCAUGUAACAAAAUUGUUGGAAAUCUAUGGUUAUUUGGUAGAAUAAUUAGAACCUAGUUUGCAAACACUAAAAGAUUACUUCUUAGAAAAAAUGGAAUUUAUAUUGAGUAGACCAGAAACAAUAGAGUUGAUGAUGGAAAAUGAUGAGAGAUCAACAGCACUUUAGAAUAGAUAUACAACCUUAAUAAACACUUAAGCUCUUGAUUAACUGAAACUUGAUGAAGAAUAAAGAUUUAAUAGGCCUUUUUUGCAAUAAAACUCUGAUUCCAAUUCUAAAAUGAGAUUUAGUGUGUUUAAGAAACAUUAAGCUAAGGAAAGGGAGAUUUGUAUGGAGGUUUAGGAAAGAAAGCAAGAUUAAAAAGUUGAUUUGAAUUCUCUUUUGUAGGAGUAUGAUUAAAUUUCAAAAGAAUAUGAUUCUGUAGUUAAAAAGUAACUUUAAGACUAAAAUAAUGCACUCAAUUAAAGAAUGGCAAUCAGAAAAAAUAAGAAAAAACGAACAAAACAAUCGAAUUCACAAGAAAAUAAAAGAACUUCAGUUGUGAAUCCUGUUAGAACCACACUUUCUAAAUGGAAGUUAAUUAAUGAAAUACAAGAAAGUGCUCAUUUUUGGCGUCAAUCAAUUAAUAAAAUAAAGAAAUGA